AGCUGUUAUUAGGAUUAUUGGUGAUUCCAUGGUGCACCACCGGUGUAGAUAGCACUGCCAGGCAGCGCGUAAAGGCUCCAGGAUGACACCAUUGGAAGGACAUCAAGCGGAGGAACGGGACUCGCAGAGCCAGGAGGACUCAGAGUGUCCCGUGUGUUAUGAUAGUCUCUCCUGCACGGAGAGGACCCUGAGCUGCGGACACGUUUUCUGCCACGACUGUCUGGUCAAAACCUUGGUCAGUAUCAACAGGGACGGCGUCAUCAGAGACACCAUCAUCUGUCCCGUCUGCCGACACCUGACUUUCAUCAAGAAGCAACAGGAGGUUGGGGUUCCUCUCGGCCCGGGGAAAGAGGCCGAGGAAGGAGGCGGGCAGACCUUGAAGGUCCCUGUCCCUCCACCAGAACCUGGUAACCCACAGCAUCACCAUGAAGCACGGCGCGCGUCAGGGCAUAGUAGCUCACCGUCUGAUUCAAGUGGACUGAGCUGGAUUGUGAGACGCUUUAGGUGGAUUUCAGAGAGAUGCAGGAGUCGACGGAUACUAUCACUGAUCAGUCCCGACCACAGAAACUCUCAGAUUUUCAUCAUCAGUGCCCAGGGCCGACCCAUGGCUGAUGAAGAUGCGGUUAGCCUGGACACUAUGCCUGUUGUUCCCCAACCCAACCGCAGGAGACGGCGCAUCAGGAUUUGCACAACGGCACGUUGCUUGGUCGUUCUGCUUGUGAUAUUCACAUUGAUGGCAAUGGUAGCUGCCACACUUCCUUGGAUUAUAUUGGCAUAGCCCACAAAGCCAGAGCCAUAUGGCUGUAGCAUAUGCAUGGUGCGUCAUUACGCACUACUUGAU